CCUGCUGUGUGUAGUCGUUGUUUACCAAGAAGCUUCAGCAGCAGUCAAGUCUUGACUAUAAGUGCGAUCUGAAUCUCUGCUCCAUCUCUUUACGGGUAACUUUUGAAGAAAAAGAAAGUAAAAACUAUAAAAAACAACCUUGGAGAAUGCUUUUCUGCACAUUUCUUUUUCUGCCAUGAACCGACUCUACACUGAAAGCUGCCAAAACUGUGGUUAACGCAAGCUGAGAGAAGCUAGCGACAGAAGAAAGAGAACCAUUUGAUGGAAGAAAGGAAAAAGAAAAAACAAGAAGAAAAGACCAAGACCGACGUCGCUCAGAGAAAGGCUGCCGAUCAGAAACCCAAAGUGCCAGAGCCUGCUCCCACUAAGCCCAGUCCCGGCCCGUCCCACCACCUCCGCCCCGCCAGCCCUACGCUGCCCCUCUCCUCCUCCUCCUCUUCUUCUUCUGGCAAUGGCAAGCGCGCCUCCUCCAGUAGCCAACUCCCGAACCAGACUCCCCCUCAGCAGCAGUGCCAGUUGUCCUCUGCCAGUGCUCGCUACCCGCCCAGAGAGGUGCCCCCGCGCUUCCGCCAGCAGGAGCACAAGCAGCUACUGAAGAGAGGCCAGCCACUGCCCGCAGGAGCCCUCAGCGCUCUCACCCUCUCCUCUUCCUCCUCCUCCUCUGCGCACUCAUCAUCUUACUCUUCUUCGACUACCAGCAGCACUUCCCCAAACUCUGCCACGUCCACUGCGAGCAAACGCCACCCAGACAUAUCCCUCCAGAGUGGCUCUGUUGCCCAGUAUGAGACCUCUCAUUGGGGAGCCUCUUUGCCAGUUGACAGCUCAUUCAGUGCCAACAGCUGGGACAAAGUGAUUAUUGACCGAAGUGACACACAAGCUUGGCCCUCCAUCAGCAGCGGUAGUGAGCCCGGCCACCCUGCAGCACCAGAAUGCUCCUUGGGCUCAGCUAGCUCUAACACAGACACAAGUGCUGUCACUACCACCAGUAGUAAUAGUUUUCUGAGUAUGGCCACAGGUGCCGCAGGCCAGCAGGCCCACUACUCCUCUCUUAAGGCUAACAAUAACAUGAUGACAGGACCUGGUUCAGCCAACACAUGCGGUAAUAGAGGCUGGGGCUCAGAUGGGAAACAAGAUGGUAUGAAUGGUGGUCGAGUAGGGCCGCCCAAUAACUGGGGCUCUACCAAUUUUAACUUGAACCUCAAUCCCAAUGACAACCCUUCAGCUUGGCCUGUUCUGGGCCAUGAGGGUGGUGGAGGUUGUGGUAUUGGCCCCAAUGCAGUGUCAAAUUCCCCAUCCCUCCCACCAGGUAUUAAUGGCAAUGGAAACAUGGGAAAUGGGAGCCUGGGAGGUUCGGAUAAUGGCGGGGGAGGUUGGGGUGGCAUGAUGAGUGCUAACGGAAAUGAUCAACAGCACCCUUCAACUAACACAAGCUUAUCCUUCAAAAUGGAAUCUUCUAACCUUAACACUGAUGGACCAAACCACACUAAGCAGCAAGCUCAGGAGCCUAUGAGCCCUAUCCAUGGAGUAACUGGAUGGGGAGGCCAGUCACCCACUGAAUCAUCCCAGCUCAAUGGGGACACAACAGGCAGCUCUGUAUGGGGUAGUGGAGAAACCAAGGCAGCUGACUCCCCCAAGGACUCAGGCUGGGACUCAACUCCCUCUGGAGGCCCUUCUGCUUGGGGCCGCCAAGGCAGUGGUGGUGGGAGUAGUGGAAGUGGUGGUUGGGGUGACUGGGGAAAAUCCUCUGGCGGUGGAGAUACAACUAAAGGCUGGGACUCGGUAGAUGCUGGUAGCUCUGGUUCAGGCCAAGAGCAGCAACAAACCUCAUGGGGCCAGAAGCCCAGAGCAGCCCCAGCAAGUGAAGGUAGUGGGGACAGCAGCGAAAGUCAAUCCGACCACAGAGACAGGACCUCCGGCACGGAUUGUACCCCUCUGCUACCCCGGCAGGACCUGGACCCUAGGGUACUGAGUAACACGGGUUGGGGACAGACCCCGAUCCGACAGCACACUGUAUGGGAGAUGGAAGAAGCCAAAUUGGAUGAACGGAAGAGCAAAAGCAGCUCAGAUUCCACAGGAGGCUCCAGCUCUAAUGUUGGACCCUCAUCCAUCAAUGGAGGUACCAUCAACCCGAAAAUUGGCCCCAGUCAGAGGCCUGGGUCUGGAGAAAAAAGUGACAGUGAAGGAUCAUCAUCCUCCGGCUGGAGAGCCCCUCCACCUCAGCCUAUCCAGACUGGAUCAGGAUGGGGGGAACCCCCACAGUCACUCAGCAAAGCGCCGAAUGGCACUACCAGUGGCUGGGGUGACCAUUGUCCCCCCAAUGGUCCCAGAAACGGAGGCACACCAUCCUGGGGUUCUGAGGAAAAGUCAUCCAGUUGGGACGAUGGCAUGACAAAAAGUCAGCCAACUAACUGGGGAGAAGGCCCCAAAAGCUCCCAUGGAUGGGGCAACAGUAACGGUGGCUCCAACGGCUCCAACACAGGGGAGUGGGGAGAGGCUGAGGCCAAGAAGAAUGGAUCAUCCAGCAGCAUGUGGGAAGGAGAAGGAGGUAAUGGAGGAAGUGGUGGAUGGAAGGAGAGCCCCAGGGCAGGAAAUAGAGGAGGAGGCUGGAGUAAGCCUGCCCCUCCUGUGAGUAAUAGCAACUGGGGGGAGAUCCCACGUGCCAAUGGCCCAGUGCAGGGGAACUGGGGCUCUUCCAAGCCCCAAGAAAGCAGCAGCAGCAGCAGCACUGGCAGCGGAGGAGGUGGCAGCAUGGGUUCAUGGGGUGGUCCUGGUACUGUGAAGCAGAACACAUCAAGCUGGGGAAAUGGCAGCAAACAGGACCAAGGCAUGGAUCCCACUGGCUGGGAAGAGCCCUCCCCUCCCUCUCUCCGCAGGAAGAUGGAAAUUGACGAUGGAACGUCCACCUGGGGCGAUCCUGGCACCUACAACAAGACUGUCAACUUGUGGGAUCGCAACCAUCCCAAUAAUAACCCAGGCAACAGCGGCCCACCGCCCAGUAAGAAUGGUGGUGUGACUAUCCCCAACAGUAACAACAACAAUCACUCUGUCGGCCCUGGCAACAACAAUCACCAUCACACUCACCACAUGCACCACCAUCCACAUCAUGGCCAGCCCCCAACUCACCUGCAACACCAUGGAAGCAACAAUGGGUCAUCCAACAAUGGCCCAUCCAACAAUGGCCCCCCACAUCCAGGUGCGGGUCCCCAGGGUAGACCCCCCCUUGCUAACCCAGGUUGGGGAGAACUUCCCACUGCUCAACCCAAGUCAGAGCCUCCUUGGGGAGAGCCAGCCGCUCCAACAUCAUCUGUGGACAACGGUACCUCUGCAUGGGGCAAGCCCACAGGGGGAGAGGGAGGAUGGGGAGACGGUGGCCACGAGUCCUCUGGACCUUAUGGCAGGGCCAACGGACCAACAGGUUCUUCAGCCUGCAAGCCAGGUCCCAAACCUAUGCAAGAUGGCUGGGGAAAUGGAGGAGAGGAGAUGGGCAUGUCUUCUGGCCAAUGGGAUGCUGAGGAUGGGGAGAUGUGGAACAGCCCCACCUCCCAGGAGAGCAGCUCUUCUUGCAACUCCUGGGGCAAUGGACCCAAGAAGGGCCCGAGCAAGAGCAAAAUGAACAAGCCAGAUGAGGCUUGGAUCAUGAACCGUCUCAUCAAACAGCUCACUGACAUGGGCUUUCCGAGAGACCCUGCAGAGGAGGCUUUGAAGAGCAACAACAUGAACCUUGACCAGGCCAUGAGCGCCCUGUUGGAGAAGAAGACUGACCUGGACAAGCGGGGUAUGGGCAUGUCUGAUUACAGCAACGGCAUGAACAAGCCCAUGGUGUGUCGGCCCUCUGCACUCUCCAAAGACCCCUCCGACCGCAACUCCUAUCUUGACAAGGAUGGUGUUUUGUCAGAUGAUGCCCCCCCAUCACCGUAUCUGCCUUCCCCGAGCCUGAAGCUCCCCCUGGCCAACAGUAGCCUUCCUGGGCAGGGUCUGGGACAGGGCAACCCGGGGCUGGCCAUGCAAAACUUGAACAACAGACAGAUACACAGUGGAAUGUUUGGCAGUAGUGGAGCAGCACAAACCCGGGCCAUGCAGCAGCAGCCUCCACAGCCACCAGUGCCACCUCUCAGCUCAUCCCAGCCUAGUCUACGUGCUCAAGUGCCUCAGUUUCUCUCCCCUCAGGUCCAAGCACAGCUCUUGCAGUUUGCAGCAAAAAACAUUGGUCUGAACCCUGCACUUUUAACCUCACCAAUAAACCCUCAACAAAUGACCCUCUUGUACCAACUUCAGCAACUGCAAAUGGCGUACCAGCGUUUACAAAUCCAGCAGCAGAUGAUGCAGGCGCAACGCAAUGUUUCCGGCCCCAUUAGACAACAAGAGCAGCAAGUUGCACGUACAAUCACCAACAUGCAGCAGCAGAUCCAGCAGCACCAGCGUCAGCUGUACCAAGCGCUGCUGAUGAAGCAGCAGCAACUUCCCUCUCACUCCUCUUCCUCCUCCUCCGCUGGUCUGCAUCCCCCCGGUGGCCCCGCCGGAGGCCAUGGUUCCGGCAAAUCAACCCUGGACCCCUACACAGGCCCACACCAGGCUCCGGGCCUAGCCGACACACUGCACACCAAAGAGCCGCCGUCUUCGCCCAACGCCUACAGCACCUACUCUCUCUCUGGACUGAAUCCAAACAUGAAUGUAAACUGCAUGGAGGUUGGGGGACUGUCCCUGAAGGAGCACCCCCAGCCCCAAUCCCGCCUGUCCCAGUGGACACACUCUAACUCCAUGGACUCCUCAAACAUGGAGAACAACCUCAAUAAGCACGGUGCCAUAUCUGCUGCCUCUAGCCUGGGCCCCCCCGGAAAGCCCCCCCAUCUGGAGGACUCAUACAACCAUUACAAUCUAAUGUCCAGCUCUGAGUCCCCCAGCAGCCCCAUGGUGCCCCAAGACAGCUGGGGCCAGGGCAAGAGCUCCAAUGAAAAGAUCUCCAAUGGGACCAACAUUAACUGGCCCCCAGAAUUCUGCCCUGGUGUGCCAUGGAAGGGCCUUCAGAACAUCGACCCCGAGAAUGACCCCAACAUGACCCCUGGCAGUGUCCCCAGCGGUCCCACCAUCAACACCAACAUCCACGACGUCAAUCGAUACCUGCUGCGGGACAGAAAUGGAGGCAAGCUUUCUGACAUGAAGUCCACCUGGUCCCAAGGGCCAAUCUCCCAGGGCCAAGCCUCUUUGUCUCAUGAGCUGUGGAAAGUCCCUCAGGGGCCGCGCAGCAACGCAGCACCUUCCCGGCCCCCACCAGGCCUCACCCACAACAAACCCUCCUCUACUUGGGGUGGCAACUCGCUGGGCCUGGGCCAAGGCUGGAGCGGCUCCUACGCCCCUGAGGGAACCACCUGGAGUACUGACACCUCCAACAGGACCAGCAGCUGGCUGGUGCUGAGGAAUCUCACCCCACAAAUCGAUGGUUCAACUCUGCGGACCCUGUGCAUGCAGCAUGGCCCCCUGAUCACAUUCCACCUCAACCUGACGCAGGGGAACGCCGUGGUGCGCUACAGCUCCAAGGACGAGGCCGCUAAGGCCCAGAAGUCUCUGCACAUGUGUGUGCUUGGAAACACCACCAUCCUGGCGGAGUUUGCCGGCGAGGAGGAGGUGAACCGCUUCUUUGCACAAGGCCAGUCGCUGGGGGCUAACACCACUAGCUGGCAGGCCAACCCGGGAAGCAAUCAAAACCGGAUGGGCGGGGCAGCACAGUCCCACUCUAUCGGCCAGUGGAGCAGCGGCGGUGGCGGCGGAGGCAAGCCCAGCGGAGGCGACCUGCUGUGGGGCGGUGUGCCCCAGUACUCUAGCCUGUGGGGACCGCCGAGUGGAGAGGACGCCCGUGUGAUUGGGAGCCCCACCCCCAUUAACACCCUGCUGCCUGGAGAUCUGCUGAGUGGAGAGUCCAUGUAGGAUGAUGCCACAAUACACUAACCAACCAACCACCACCACCAUGUCACGUAAGCCAUUGGUGGAGGGUGGGUGGGGAAAGAAAAUACAAAAAACAAAACAAAAAAAAUGAUUCAAUAUGAACAGGAGCAAAACCCAAGCAAAUCAUGUGGCGAUAAUCAGUAUCAAUUUGAACUGUUUUGAACUGUGAAUUGUGAAUCAGAGGGCUGGAGUCCCAACCACACAGACUGCAGACUCCAGUCCAUCUGUUUUGCUUUUGUCCGUUUUUUGUUUGGUUUACCUUACCUUUUUUGGUAUUUUUGAAAUGCAUCAUAGAAAACAAACUGAAAUGAGACACAAUACAAAGAAACCUUUGAAGUGUUUUUUAGUUUUUCCAUAAGUAUACAUGACAUUCUGUGUGAAAUUGUUUUGAAGACUGUUUUUAGGAGAAGCAAUCAAAGCUGCCAUCUGAGACUUUCCUUAUCCCUCCAAAAAAAAAAAAAAAAAAAAUCAUCCCAAAAUAAGACUUAAAACGACCAUUCCCAGCAUGUCCAUGGCCAAUGAUGUGGUUCAAAGACCUUUACUAGUUAUGUUAAUGUUUGUUUCUCAGCACUAAUAUUAGCCUUAAGUGCUCUCUGGCCCAGGUCCUUCCCAAGCAGCCUUUUUGUUGUUUUUUUUGUAACUGAAGAAAUAGCUGAAAUCUUGCACAGUUUCACCUCUGAACCAGCAAGUGGUACAGGACAUGACUGGUGACCAACUCUGUCACUGGGCAGUAAGAAGUCCUGGCCACAUGACUGGCCCUACCAAUCAUCAGCUUAAUUAUUUAGGUUUUCUCAAAGGGAUUGACACAGCUGUUAAAUGUUCUUUUUUUUGUAGGUCUAGACCCAAGCGCGUUUUUUGAUAUCUACAAUAUAUAAGCUGAGAGAAGAUUAUUUGUCGACCUCGCUGCGUGUCUCUGGUUCCAUACAUGCCUAUGUAGGUCCAGUGGCACCUAAUCACCGCAAGCCCAGAUCCUUCUGGUCACCUUCAACCCAGUCGAUUACUGGUGCUUUGUUGAAUUUUCUAUUGUCCGAUUUGUUAUGAAGCCCAGCGGUCCGUAUGGUCAGCCAGUUUCUCGGAGGAAAAAAAGAACACAAUUUCACCUUCAUGUGACAGUUACAUUGUGCAAUAUACACCAUAGACCUUUCUUCCGUCCACACUCUAUGUCCACCGGAGCUGGUUUCUCUUUUGUUUCGUUUUCUUGAUUGUUGCUGAUUGCGGCAAAAGACAUUGGAACUUAACAAAUGUUACCCCUUUUCAAAACUUGGAUUCCCUCCAGGCCGCCAAUCCCCCUGACACUGUUGGAAAAACUCUGCAAAGAGGAAGAAGCAGCUGUUGAACUGUGUAUGCAGUGAACUGUACUAAAGAGUGACACAAUAAUGCACACUUCCUCUCUGCAUGCCACAGCCCAACCCAACAGAGACUGAAUUCACAGUGGGAUUGGAUGGUCCUGGGUAUCUGGCACAAUACCAAAUAAGAGGGGUUUCUCCUAAUGCAGUAGACCUUCGAGUGUUCCUUGCGUUUGGUACUGUACAAACAGAAGAGACUAAGACUUUUAUAAAUUCAAAGGGUUUUAUCAUAGCACUUAUGAAGAGCAAAUGGCUUCAACUGCAAUCCAAUAAAUCAAAAAAAGGAGCAGCAUCAACAUAGAAAACAACAACAAACAAAAAAAUGCUCUUUUAUGUACUAUAUCUAUUCCUUGGAAAUGUGUCUGGUGUUGUUCCUCUGGUAGCAGGAUGAAGGGAAACAAAACUGAAAUGUACCAUUGGACAUUGGUGAAAAACUGCAGUCUGUUUUGUUUUAUCCUUCUUUGAACAAUAUCAAAGUGAAUAUCACUGUUACUCCAAAUAUUUAGCCUUGUUCUGUUUGGAGGCACUAGACUUGCAACGUCAGCUGUCUCUGACACCCGCCGGACAGUAAGUCCGUGGGGUGAAGUCGGAGUGGGGUGGGGAGGGGGACUGUCCACUGAGUGCCUCUCUGCUGUGGUCCUCUGGGUGUCAAGCGGCAGCCCCACAGCGCAGCACUUCCUUCUGGGCUCCACUUGACCCUCCCUCAGUCUGGCAACAAAUGCGGCUCGUCCGAGACCGGCCAAUCACAGCUCUCCGCCGCACACGGCAUCUCCAACGGGGGGCCCGCCACCACUCGACCCUGCUGUCCUCCUGCCCUCUCCCCCAUCUCUCAGUUCUUUGACACACAGAUCACUUUAGCUGGAAGAUGUAAUAGUCAUAUUUCUGGAAUUUUUUGCCAGUGUUCUUUUUUUAUUUUUGGGGGGGAAAAGAUCAUUUUGACUUUAUUUUUUUUCAAUGUGUUAUAUUGUUAUUUUUGUCUACAUGCAGUGGUCUACAAAAUACUGGCUGCUGAACUAGCCCUUCACUGUUCAUAUGCAGAAACACUUUGGUCAGAGGUGCCUCUGUAUGUUCAUCCUGUGUAUUGAAUGCAAAACGAGGAUCAAUACUACAGAGCGUUAUUGAUUGUCUAUUUGUUUUGAACUGAUCAUGCUUUUGUGUUUAACAGUAUUCUGUAGUACU